UUGUGGCGCUAUUGAAAAUAUUUAGUCUUAGACGGAAUUAAGCCGUCAUACAGCCAUUUUAAAAAUGGCUGCAUUAAUGUAGUUGUCCUUUAAUUCAGAAAAAUAUUAAAAAUACAAAAAGGAAGUGUUGGAAUCCAAUUCACAGUGAUAAAUAACGAAGAAAUUUGUCGGCUGCUCAACUACGCAUAGUGAAAACAACACUCAUGUGAAUCAACAAAGUGCUUUAGUAAAAUACACAUUUGAAUAUACCACCUAUUGAUAUUUUGAAGAAAAGAAAAACGAAAACAAAACAAUUGCCAGAACGAAAAAUCGUAUUCUUAAGUGAUUAAUCGUAAGACAUUUUCAUUUAUUGUGAGCCAUUGUGAACUAGUGUGUCGUUUACGCAUAAAAUACAGCGUUAGUUCCGAGUCCAUAAGUGAAAUAAUCGCGAAAUUUACCUUUUUCGUGAAUCAAAAUUCGUCAAGAAGAGCCAUUCACAACAACACCAUUUAUGUAUUGCAGUAACGGGAGUAGUAUGGCUACUCUGUUACAGCAAAAAAAUUGUAUGAAAUCACUUACAAAUGGUGGCGGCGGUGGGAAUGGCAGCAAUGCCGGCCAAGGUACACGGGUUCUUCUUCCGCAUGAAAUGGUUAGCAUCCCUAUAUCGCCGAUGACAACGUCCGGUUCAACUUUAUCCACUGGUGUGUCAACUGUCCAGCAUCAUCACAGCCAAACACUGCAUCAACAACAUCAUCAUCAACAGCAGCAACAACAACAGCCUAAUCAAUUCACCAAUUACAAUUUUUACAAUAGCAUCCAUAGUAACAGCGAUAGUGCUAAUAUAUUUCGUCAACCGUCAACUUCAACCAUUAACCUGCAACAUCCUCAUCACAUCUCACACAAUCCCGACCUAUCGACGUUAACUUCAUCCGUGCCAUUUAUGAAUCAAUCGGACCAUUCAGAUCAUUCGAAUAACGCAACGACAUCGUGUUCGGAUAUCAAUGGCGAUGAAAUUAAAACCGAAGUGAAAAUCGAGGAAGAUGUCACCGAAAGCAGCGAACAAAAUCUGAUUCAACAAAUGGACGAGGAUGAACAGGAGCCGGAACCCGAAAUCGAUAUAGUCAUAAAUAAUGUAGUGUGUUCGUUUAGUGUUAGGUGUCAUUUGAAUUUGCGCGAAAUUGCAUUGAAUGGUAUCAAUGUGGAAUUUCGGCGAGAGAAUGGUAUGGUUACGAUGAAAUUGAGGCGCCCAUAUACAACUGCGUCGAUAUGGUCGUCGGGUAGAAUUACAUGUACUGGUGCUACAUCGGAAGAUCAGGCCAAAGUAGCAGCACGUCGGUACGCUCGUUGCCUUCAGAAAUUAGGUUUUAGUGUAAGGUUUAACAAUUUUCGCGUGGUAAAUGUUCUUGGAACGUGUAGCAUGCCAUGGGCUAUUAAGAUAGUAAAUUUUUCGGAAAAAUACAAAAAUGAAGCCAGCUAUGAACCGGAACUGCAUCCUGGCGUAACCUAUAAACUGAAAUUUCCUAAAGCUACUCUUAAGAUAUUUUCGACGGGAAGUAUUACGGUGACAGCCAGCAGCGUGGCAAACGUUCAGGCGGCAAUCGAACACAUUUUCCCGCUGGUGUAUGAAUUUCGAAAGAAGCGAACCGUUGCCGAACAGAAAGAAAAACACGUUAGCGCUUCCGCAAAACGGAAGCAUACGUUCGGUCAUGCCAGUAAUGAUCCGAUAGACGAUAAUAUGUAUGUGUCUGAGUCGGAUGAAUUCGAUGAUGACGAGGAUGUGGCGAAUAUUUGAAAUUGUUGAUGGGGACCAGAUGUGAAAGAAGUGGGAGGAGGAUGAGAAGCAGGAGGUGCAUGAGGAGUAAGAAGACGUUAAUAGGAGCUGUGUGUGUCUUGAUGAAAAAUAGGAAACACGUCUAUUCAAAUGGCAAUAUUGUAAGUUGUUUCAAAACUCAAUUAAUUUACCAAAAAGAAAUGAAAGAGAAGAAAAUUGAAGAAAAAAUUAUUGUUGAAAUGAUUUAUAUUUUACUGAUGAAUUAGUUUAAAAACGCUAACAAUUAAUUACUAAAUUUAUUAAUUUAUUUAAAUUUAAUGGAAAAGAAAAAUUGAAAAUGAUAAAAAAAAGAUAUGGGGAGAUGAUACAAUAUCGUCGACGCGCGCGACUAAUUGACUGUAGAAAAAAACAAAACAAAAAAUAUGAGAAAAUCUACUUUAAGUUACCACCGCCUGAAUUAUGUAAGCGAUUAAUAAUAUAUACAAAAUAUCUGGAAAAUGUAUCACAACUUUUGAGAGCCCAAUUUUCUAUUUUUUAUUAUUUCGUUCGUAUUUUUUCCGCCUCGAGACAAUUUUUUAUUUUUAUUUUUUUAAAUUAACAAAAUAUGACUGAAAUCAAUCGUUGUUCACUAUAAUAAAUAAACGGAAAAAAUUCAAUUCAUUCAAAAAGAAAAACAUUUUGUUUUCGGAAAUUUACUGGAACGGAUAUAAUGCAGAAAAAAAAUGGCCAAUGGAAGGCAAUUGGCCGGACAUUUAGCGUUUUUUCAUCGCUGUGUCCGUUAUUUAAUUCAUAUAGCCAAUAAAAAUCGACGAUCCAAUAAAGUGUUGGAUCUCGUCACUUCAUCGGUUUGUUUAAAGAACAUUUGAAUUUUUGUCAUUUUGUUUUUUUGUUAUCGGAACCAUUCAUUCAUCGUCUUAAUAAAUCUAGCCUAAUGAAAAAUGGAAUCGUCAUCCUCAACACUUUUCGUAAUAUUUUUUCUGUCACUUUCCUUUGCAAUGACGACUCUUGCACUGAGACUUAUACGCUCGAAUACA